AAUCUUUAGGGAACACAUAAAACGCAAGUGACAUUCUACUCUAAACGUUCCCUAGUUUCUCUCUCAUAACACAACAUGCCUUCCCUCAGACUCGGUACCACUGCUCCCGACUUCGAAGCCCAGACCACUAAGGGUCCCAUCAAGUUCCAUGAUUUCAUCGGUGACAACUGGGUUAUCCUCUUCUCUCACCCUGCUGACUUCACCCCUGUCUGCACCACUGAGCUCGGUCUCGUUGCUGCUCUCCAGGAAGACUUCGAUGCUCGCAACGUCAAGGUCAUUGGUCUCUCUGCCAACGAGUUGGAAUCCCACGAGAAGUGGAUUGCUGACAUCAACGAGGUUAACAAUGUCGAUCUCAAGUUCCCCAUCAUUGCUGACCCCAAGCGUGAAAUCUCUGCCUUGUACGACAUGUUGGAUUAUCAGGAUAUUACCAACGUUGACGGAAAGGGUAUUCCCUUCACUGUCCGCUCUGUCUUCAUCAUUGACCCCAAGAAGAGCAUCCGUCUUAUUUUGACCUACCCCGCCUCCACUGGCCGUAACUUCGACGAAAUCCUUCGCGUUGUUGACUCUCUUCAACUCGGUGACAAGCACCGCAUCACCACUCCCGGUAACUGGAAGAAGGGUGAUGAUGUUAUUGUCCACCCCAGCGUUUCCACUGAGGAAGCUGAGAAGUUGUUCCCCAAGGGUGUCAAGGUCGUUAAGCCUUACCUCAGACUUACUCCCAGCCCCUUCUAAAUGUCAUCAUCAGCAGAAUGAUAUGGCCUUAUAUAAUCUAUGAAGUGGCAAUGUAAUAUAUAAAAUAUUAUUUUUUUUGGUACCGUCA